AUGGCUGGCAGUAUGCGGUGGUUGUGCGGUAGGGGCCUGAUUUUGAUGUUUGAUUCACUCCAUGGAAAAACCUGUUUGCAUUAUGCUGCUUUCUAUGGCCAUCUAGAUUGCCUACAAGCUAUUCUUUCUGCUACCCUUUCCACCUCUGUUGCACAUUCCUGGGAAUUUGCAAGGUUUGUGAAUAUAAGAGAUAAAAAUGGAGCAACCCCAUUGCACUUGGCAGCCCGACAAGGAUGGCCGGGGUGCGUUCAUAUGUUGUUAGACAGUGGGGCUCUUGUUUGUGCAUCUUCUAGAGGAUAUGGUUUCCCUGGGAUUAUAUCACUUCAUUUUGCAGUUCGUGGGGGUUCAUUGGAUUGUGUUCGGGAAUUACUUGCUUGGGGGGCUGAUAGACUUCAUAGAGAUUCAUCUGGGAGGAUACCUUACAUGGUUGCUUUGAGGCACAAGCAUGCAGCAUGUGCAGCAUUAUUGAACCCGUCAGCUCCAGAUCCUCUCAUAUGGCCAUCACCAUUGAAGUUCAUUACCGAGCUUAAUCCAGAGGCAAAAGCAUUGUUAGAGAGGGCACUAAUGGAGACAAACAAGGAAAGGGAAAAAACCAUCUUGAAGGCGAUAGUCUACUCACUUCCAUCGCCUUUGCAUUCUGAAGCUGCGGCUAGUGACAUUAUGUAUGAGGCAACAAAUAGUGGACCUGGUUUUCUUUACCAAAGCUUACUCUUAAUGGUAUUGGGAAAGAGCCAGUCGCUAAGUGGUGGUGGUCCUGGGUGGAAUAGAUAGGAGCUAAAAAGGCGAGGUUUGAACAUCCAAACUAAAAUAAGAGUGCUGGGGUAAAUACCAUUGGGCUAAAAAGCCCUUGGCUAGGAGUAAACAAUUGAGUAGUAAGGUUCCAUGGUUAACAAGAAAUAGCUUUAAGUGACACUAGAAUACUGUAACAUUGUUUUGUUGCUUUGGAGAUCACAAGGUCAUGACAUCGAUGAACAAACACCCUAUCCUAGGAUGUUCUAAUCAAAUUACAUAGUUCAAUUUCUAGCAUAACUACUAAGCACAAAUUUUUCGAACUUGUAUGUCCUUACAUGCGUUAAUGUGCUUCUUUCUUGUGCUUUAGCUGCAUUGCUUUCAGGCACUCACUAAAAUUAAAAGUUAUACAGAUCAGAAAAAUAAAUUAGAAGCAGAAAACCAAGGGCUGCUUCUGAAUUUUGGUUCACAGCUUGAUCAGAGCUUAAAAGGCUGCACAAGACCAUCUUGGGGUCAGUUUCUCAACAACAGCAACAAUGGGGAUGCAUGGAGGAACAUGUCUCUUCAUUUGUUGCUAGUAAAUAUGACGUAUGAACUGAAAGCUGUUGUCUCUUUCAUAUGUUAAACUUGUUAGUUAAUUUUGUUAAUCUUACAUCGUUUUCUCUUAGGCCACUCGGAUACUAGAAUCUAGGAGUAAUAAAUUGACAGAUAUAAAUACUUCGGGAGUGACAACCUUGAAGGAUCUGUCUGAUUCAUUACAAAUCUUUAAAUGCAGGUUUUGGAGUUGGGGAUGAAUUUUUGAACUGCAGAUGAUAUGAGUGCAAUACUUGCUGGAAGAGAAUGGGUUGCUGAAUGUGGGUGAAGUUGCACCUGUCAGGCUUGCAUCUUGAAGGGAAGGUAACAACUAGUAUAUUCUUAUUUUUAGACUAGACUAUGUAUGCAUGCUAUAUUUUGUCAUUUGUAUUAUAUGUUCGUAGCCUAUAAUGAAUUUGAA